UACGCGGAGGUUUGCCAGUAGCACCAAUCAGCAUUGGCCUUCGGACAUAAGCGCUCUUUCAGCGUGCGCGCUACCCUUGUGCGCACAUCCAUGUGCUUCGCGCUCGCCGGUAAUGAAAGUUUUCACCACAGAAAAGAUUGUUUAUUAAGACGCGUAGCUUUUCCCCAUCUACCGUCGCUCGACGGCCCGGGUGACAACGAUGGACUUGACCACCAUCCUUGAGAAAACAGUCUCACCAGACAAAAAUGAAUUGGAGGCAGCGCAGAGGUACUUGGAACAAGCCGCCCAGACCAAUCUGGCGGAGUUCCUUCGCUCCCUUUCGGAGGUUCUCCAAGGGGCAAACAACAGCCCUGUGGCCCGAAUGGCCGCAGGCCUCCAGAUUAAGAACAGUCUCACAUCCAAGGACAAUGAAUUGAGGACACAGUACCAGCAGCGCUGGCUCUCCUUUCCUCAGGAGGCCCGUAUGUACAUCAAGAAUAAUAUCCUGAGCGCUCUCGGCACAGAGACAAUCCGCCCAAGUUCGGCAGCCCAGUGUGUGGCGUAUGUUGCUGUGGCUGAACUGCCUCAGAUGCAAUGGCCAGAUCUUAUACAAGUGCUGACAAACAAUGCAACUAACCCAGCUUCAACAGAAAUGCUCAGGGAGGCCACAUUGGAAGCAAUUGGUUACAUCUGCCAGGACAUUGAGCCAGAGGUGUUGUUGGGUCAGAGCAAUGACAUCUUGACAGCAAUUGUUCAUGGAAUGCGCAAGGACGAACCGUCGGAGCAUGUCAAGCUUGCAGCAACCACCGCUUUGCUCAAUUCUCUCGAGUUCACGAGAGCCAACUUUGAGAAGGACUCUGAAAGGCACUUCAUUAUGCAGGUGGUGUGUGAAGCAACCCAGUCAAGCAACACACAGGUGCGAGUCGCUGCACUACAGUGCCUUGUGAAGAUAAUGUCAUUGUACUACCAGUACAUGGAGCACUACAUGGGGCCUGCCCUUUUUGCUAUUACUAUGGAGGCAAUGAAGAGUGAUAUCGACGAAGUGGCGUUGCAGGGCAUUGAAUUCUGGUCAAACGUCUGUGAAGAGGAAGUGGACCUCUCUAUUGAAGCCUCUGAAGCAAGUGAGCAGGGUCGCCCUCCAGCCAGAACAUCUCGCUUCUAUGCCAAAGGGGCCCUGCAGUACCUGGUGCCCAUUUUAGUACAGACACUCACCAAACAGGAGGAGCAUGACGAUGAGGAUGACUGGAACCCAUGCAAAGCAGCUGGUGUCUGCCUCAUGUUGAUGGCCAGCUGUUGCGAGGAUGAUAUGAUUUCCCACAGUCUGCCUUUUGUACGGGAGCACAUCAAACAUCCCGACUGGAGGUAUCGAGACGCUGCAGUAAUGACAUUCGGUUGCUUGCUGGAGGGACCUGACCCUGCCAUCUUGAAGCCUCUCGUGGAGCAGGCAAUGCCCACACUCAUUGAGCUUAUGUGCGACCAAAGUGUGGUGGUGCGUGACACAGUGGCCUGGACUAUAGGGCGUGUCUGUGAGAUUAUCCCCGAGGCAGUGGUUGCUGAAAACUACCUGGGUCCUUUGCUCCAGGCAUUAGUGAAAGGACUGGGUGCCGAACCUCGAGUUGCUGCCAAUGUCUGCUGGGCUUUCAACAGCUUGGCCGAGGCAGCGUUUGAAGCUGCAGACACUCCUGGUGAUGGAUCAGAGCCAGAAACUUACUGCCUGUCGGAAUACUUCGAAGUUAUAGUUUCAAAGCUUUUGGAGACAACAGAAAG